UUGGAUUACGGUCGACCUCGUUUGACAUUAUAAUAUACAUUUAAUACUUUAUUUAAACAUUACGGUUUAUUUAAAUAUCUAAAAUGAUUAGUCUAUUAAAAUUUUCUUUCUGCUGAAAUAAAAAUUGACAAUUCCUUUUAAAAGAGGAAAAUGAUCUGUUUGAUGUCGACUAGUGCCACAUCAUCAAUAACAUAAGGAACUAUUUGUUCAGGCGAAAAUAUAGCAAAGGUUUAGCACUGUUAAGGAUUACAAUUGCCCUUGUUUAAGAAAAGGAAUAUUCUGCAAUGUAUUCGCGUCUGUGCCAGACUUCAUGGAGUUGUGUAGUGAAAUUAACAUGUGUUUAUAAUACAAUGAGAUCCUGGUGCCGGAACUAUAUUGACUAAUUUUGUGAGUGGCACAGGGGACCUAAAUUUGGCAGGUGGAAUAAAGUCUAGUUUUCGUCUCUGUUAUAAGAAUAAAAUAUAUACUGAAUAUGAAUAUGUACAGUGUACUAGAAUUUUACCUUUGCUUCUAUUAUUAGUCUAUAUAGAAAUGUGAAAUUUAUCGUCCUCGAAGACACGGAGAUCAUUAGUGAAGACGAAUAAACUCAAUGAUUUUAAUGAAAAAGUGCACAUUUUAAAAUUCAUUUGCUGCGACUCCAAAUUAAUUUAUGUUGUCAUGAACAUUUCAGUGCUUCGUUUUAUUCUGUGGCCUGUGAUCUGAAAUAUACAAUUUACUAGAAACACUAUCAUUAUUCUGAAUAAUUCAGCUUAAAAGCGAUACAAUGUAAUAAAAUCUCAGUUUAUAUACAAAUUGUGUUUUUCUCGUCUGCGUUCGGAUUUUGUGACCAGCAUCGGUUUGUCUGUUUGCGGAAAUGAAAUUUACCAAUCAUCAAUCAAGACAUUUACACACUCGUCUGGCGCCAAAAUCAUAUUGAUUAAUUUUGACAAUGAUACCAGAAACCAAUUUAUUGAGGUGAAAUGUUGGCACGAAAUGGAUAUUCUAGAUAUGUGAUAAAAGUAAUUUCAUGAUCAUUCCGACCGCCUGACUCGAACGCGCUGUGUGUUUGUUUAAAAAAUAUCUCUGAUACCUCAAUGUGUUAAAAUAUGAAUAUCUAAAUAUCAAUAAGCACCGUCAUUGAUCAAGAUUACCAGACACAGGAAAUAAUAGUACGAAUGACCUUCGACGUGCAAUAUUACUUUUAAUUAAGUGUUAUUUAAAAUUUUCGGAAUGGCUAGAAAUCGGAGGAAUUCAACGUCAAUGAAAUUUGCAGUAGGACAUGGAUGUUUCCUGUUUCUUGUACUUGUCCUGUGUGUAGGAUUUUCUGUAACGAAGAUUAUAGUUGGUUCCGAGUAUGUGAGCAAGUGUCCUUCGAAGGAGAUGAUCCCAGUGUAUAUUAUUGUAAGUGGUUGUCUCCCUGUAUUGUUAAGCGUACUGAGACAACCAUAUGAUAGUGGACCAGCAUCGGAAAAGGAAAGAUGGUCUAUGAAAAUAACGCUUGUUACCACCGUAGUGGGAGUGAUGGUCAACCUUGCAUGGCUUGUGGCCGGCACAUACCUGGUUGUGACAACCUGGAGUGGGAAUAUUUGUAACAUUCCGACACCAAAAGGGGCAGGGACUAGUGCACUUCCUAAGUUUACGACAACGCCCACUCCAAAUGGAUCUGUCCAGUCAAAAUAUCUCAAUAAUCAAAGGAACUUAUUACAAUCUGCCACUGAUUUUCCGAUAACUAACGCUACUGUCGUCAAUAUACAGGAUGACAAGCAUGCAGAAAGAAACCAAAACCAAUAUGAAGGUGUGAAAAAAGAUAGCCAAAACAUCUAUAAGACUGACAGGAAAAUAAUUGAAAACGCAAAACUGGUAAAUACGACGCUUGAUGAAAACAGUGCGUUGCAGAGUAAGCCGACUGAGCAUACAGAUGAAGAUGUUGCAGAAAAGGAUCCAAUUUUUAAAGAUGAAGAAGGUAAAAUACAAAGUGAUGAAGGUUUUCUGAAUGCGCAUGGAAACGACAAGAACGCUAAUGACAAAAUCCAUCAAACUCAGGGUAACAAAGACGAAAUUAUGAAAGACGACACAGUUUCUAAGAUAGUAACAAAAAUUAAGAAUAACAAUGUAAGCACUAAGAGAACGACAGACGUUGGGAAAAGUGGAGAUCAAUUAACCAUACAGGAAAUCAGGGUAAACAAGGCUCAUAGUGAGAGUGUAGACAGCUCACUGUUUUCUGAAAAAUCUAGUCAAGACACACUCUGUAUAACAUGUGAUAUACAUAUUUUAAGAUUCUCUCUGGCGGUAGUUGUAAUAGACUGGGUAUGCGUAAUAUUUGGGAUAAUCUACUUUUGUCAUUUUGUUUAUCAUAGAUUUUCAUCCAUCAAAGAUCAGUUUUUGCUUAUCAAUGCUUAAAACUUCGUUUGACUGGAGAAUAUAUAUCCACGUGUUGAAGAGUGGCAUUAAAUAAUGUCGAAAAUGCAAGUGAAAUAUAUUGCUUUAAUUACCCAUACAAAAUGACAGAUAUUAUUUAUAAUUUUACAAAACAUGAAUUGAUUGAGGGAAACUUAGGGAAACGCAGAACAUUUGAGAAAAAAAAAUAAACGUCAUACGUUGAAAUUAAGGGAUUGCAGUUCGAGGUAGCUGCGUUCUCAGGACUUUUCCGUCCUAUGUCAAAUAUAAAUUAACCCUUAUUAUGCUGGACACAACUGAUUCUGCCUUUGCGACCAGUGUAGAUCAUGAUCAGCCUGCAUAUCCGUGCAGUCUGAUCGUGAUCUGCACUGUUUGCCAUUCGAUCAGUAUCUUUUUGGUAAGCACCCCUUUGGUACUGUCCAAAUUGAAAGAUGAACAAGUUCAUUAUAGAAAUUUAGCAGGGUAAGGGUUAAGAGGUUGCUGGUUGUUCAUGUGUUUCUAUUGUCUGUCUGAAUCUCAGCUUCUUCAGUCUUUCUAAGAUUGUUCCUUUAUAUAGUCCAGAAUGAUAUACUUAAUCGAUCAAUAAUUUUGUUAUAAACAUAACUUGCUGGUAGCCGCAAUAUAUGUGUUGGCUUUACACAUGUCAAAAAUGAGUUUCAGUUGUUGGUGUUGAUUAACCGAACACAGCCGGUCUCCUUUCAGCCGCCGGUGGAACCUAUAAGUCUACAGAUGCCUAGAAACCCACCCUGGCGAUAGAUCUUGAGAAGCCUAUACGUCUGCCAACCUUUUACAUAUUGUUUAUGAAUUGUAUGUGAUAUUGUCAUCACUUGGUGAAUGAUAAAUAUUGAGAAUGCUAAAUACGUAUUUAUCUUUAUGUCGAGUACUCUUAAACAAUUCAACUGCAUCAUUCAUCAUUAUACAAACUAUUUUGUAUGCUAUAUCUUAUACUGGGUAACUUUCACGAGCAUAUCAUGUAUUUGAAUUUCUAAUUUGAAUUCAUUAAUAUAUAAGUAAUCCUUCAAUUCUUAAGAUAAAAGCAUGUGAACACCACAGGUCGCUCAGCACCGCAAAUAUGAAAAUGUUUCAGGCUGAGUUUGACUGAGCCUGUUCAUGAACUGUAGUGAAAAUACAUACUAUCGUCCGCGCCCUCUAUACUCUGUUCGAGCAGAACUUAUCAUCUGCACCAGUAACAAGUACCAAAAUACAUUUUAAAGACAUCUGCAUUUUUAAAAAGUUUUUACGUGUUGUAAUUUUAGAGAAAAAAUAUUCUAAUGUUUAUUACAAGCAAGUUAUAUCUAUCUUAGAGAUUGGCAGACAGGAUAUUACGACAUUCUGUAAUUGGUAUGUCGGAUUCAUUUCUGUACUUGUCACAUUUGUUAUCGAUGAACUGUAGACAGUAGUUGCACUUUUCUUAUUCUGAAUUACAGUGUGUAUCCAAAGAGUGUUUUAUACGCCAAUUGUAAUUUUCAUUGCCGGUUGUUUCAUCGCUUGUUAAAUAUUUUGAAUUUGCCUAAUAUAGCGUACAAUUAAUUAGUAAAAAGAAUCAUUCUCAUUAUGUUACUUGUACCAUGAAGUUAAAUAUUUUAAAUUGUCGUAUUUCUCUGUUAUAUUUCUUGUACAGUUAAAUAUUUUUAAUUUCCAAAGCAUUCAAACACUGUUUAACCUGUAGAGUAAAAUACAUUUAAUUUUCAUAGUAAUUUGAUUUCUGCUAUAUUGCUUGUACAGAUUAUUGUUUUGAAAUUCAUUUUCCGAUAUAUCACUUGUAUAAGUAAUUGUUUUGAAUUUCCUUUUCGUUAUAUAUGCUUUUACAGGUAAUGAUUGUUUUGAAUUUUCCAUUUCCGUCAUAUAUACUUUUACAGGUAAUUGUUUUGAAUUUCCAUUUCCGUCAUAUAUACUUUUACAGGUAAUUGUUUUGAAUUUCCAUUUCCGUUUUAAAGGCUUUUACAGGUAAUUGUUUUGAAUUCCCAUUUCCGUCAUAUAUACUUUUACAGGUAAUUGUUUUGAAUUUCCAUUUCCGUCAUAUAUACUUUUACAGGUAAUUGUUUUGAAUUUCCAUUUCCGUUAUAAAUACUUUUACAGAUAAUUAUUUUGAAUUUUCCAUUUCCGUUAUAUUACCUGUACAGCAAAAUGUUUUGAUAUGUUUUCUGUUAAUACUAUGUAUAUUACUUGUACAGUUCAAUAAUUGGCGUUUUAUUCCAUUUACCUGAACAGUAAAUUAUUUUGAACUUGUACUGCCGCUGUAUUAGUACAGUUAAAUUCAAAAUUGAUUUAUAAAUAUUUUGUACAUUUAUAUCUCGUAUGAUGUUCUCAUGUGUUUAUAGUAUUGUUUUACGUUUAGUUUAUUUUGACUGAAUAAUAAUGAUGACCAUUAUUUAUUUUAUCGUAUAUUAAAAACCUUUGGACAAUAAAAUAUAAUAGCUUAAGUUCAUCCUGUAAAACCUGUUUGCGUACUCUAGGUGAUUUAAACAUCUAAUUUUCUACACAUUCAGAUUUUGUUAAAAAAAAAGAAACAUGAAACGCUGUGAUAUCUUAAUGAGUAUUCCUUUAAUUUUAUUAGACAUUGCAUUGUUCAGAUAUUAUAACAUUAAAAAAAGCUGCCAAGAGUUAUUUUAUGCUACUUAACCUUUUCUUUCGUGUCCACUUUUUUGUUUUGUCUCAGGCUAAAUGACAAUCUUAUAGAUAAUUGUUUGUUCAUUUUAAACCAGAAAAAAUACCAUUACAGGAUGGUGUUAUAUGUUCAUUUACCCCUGUAUAUAGUAGAGUGUCAUUGUUCUUUAUUAUAUUUUGAAAGUAUAUAAAUCUACACAUUCUUUUUUGAAAUUUCAAAGAUCAUUUUAAGAUCUCAAACAAGUAAAACAAAGAUGACCAAGAAGCCUGUAGCUUCUUUAAGAUAUAGGUUACUAAUGGGAAAUAGAAUGCCUUAGAGCUUACUCUCUGUAUUAUAUGAACAGUUUAAAAGGUCAUGAUGACUGACUGCAAUGCGGCUGUUCAUAUUACUUUCUUGUUAUUUUCUAUUUUUGGCUAUUGUUAUCUUAUGCAUUUGUCAUACGUCUGGACAUUUGAUGAACAUAGAAGAAAGUAACUUUUAUUUCCUCGCUUUAGGGCUCUGACAUAUUUUGUUCAUAUGCAACAUUGAAAGCAUUGCUUUUAAAACAAUGUAACUGCGCACAUUCUCUCUUUGAACAGCAGUUUUAUCUGUUUUUAAGUUAAAAUAUUAUGGAAUUUUAAGUUCAAUGCUUUUAAUUUUAUGUUGAAAACACAUAAGGCAUCUGUCUAAUUCUGUCUGCUAAUUUCUUAAAUCAUUUAAAGAAGUGAAUGAAUUUUAAAAAUUGGCUUAAAAUGAGAAAGUUAUGAGCUGCAUUUAAAUAUUUGAUCAAAAUGGUGGCCACAAGAAAGAACGAACUGGCAGAUUUAUUAAAUUUCUAGAUACAUAUUUGAACUAAACGUUACUUAUAUUUUUAAAACAAUUCUCUACAUUUCCACCUAUAUUAAAAUAAAUUACCAUGUUUUACAUCUUACACUCAAGAAACCUACGACAUUUAUCUAUCCAAUUUUUUUUUUGCUAAAUAACGAAUUCAACAGUACGUAAAUACUAAAAUGGCUGCCUUUAUGAUCAGUCGUUUUCUUAAAUAUCAAGCUGUCAUUUUUUUUCAGUAGUGGCCCGAUUGUAAAAAUUCUGUCAGCGUUAUGAAAGGCUUGAGGAUGACUUUCAAAUAAAUUAACCGUUAUUGUCAGGCAUUUCUUGCCCUUUAAUGUUCAUACAGAUGUAGCAGCUUCAUUACAUAUAUGGUCCUUAUGACUCUUUAAGAUCUGCUGCUGCACAUAAAUAGGUAUAUUGUUUGAAGACAGAUAUCAAAUUUUUCUGACAUGUUUUUUUUUCAAGCCGAAAUACUAUGCAGUCAAUUGUUUGGGUACAGUUGGUCACUCCCAACUGAAAAUCUUGUUUAAGAAAUUGAUGACUAGUUAGAGGUAUUUCCUUUUAUCUUACAUGUUUUGCGUAUUCAAUUUCUCUCUUGUAUUUUUUUUUCGUUUUCCAUAUAAGAGAAUUCACUGUUUAUACUGUGUUAACCGUUAUAGUCUGUGUGUCUUUUUUUCUUUAUUAACACUGCAAAUGAGUCUAUAAAGUUAUUGUUAAAACAUCAUGCCUGUUGUUUACAUUGUUCUGUUAAAUGAUGAUGAUGACAAUAAUGCAAUACGUGCAGACAUUGUACUAGCUGAGUAACUGACAAAUAUAUAUAAUUAUAUAUUAAAGGUCCCAUUUGAAUGCAUACUCGAAUGAAGGGGAAUAAUUUGAUAAGACUGUUUCAACAACAUUAAUUGUUGGUUUCCGACUGGUACCACAUAUUUCCACAUUUCUUCUAUUGAGUCAGACUGGGUUGUAUUUACCAAAUUCACUGCAAAGGUUCCCUGUUCUAAUAUCUCUUUUUUAAAAAAAUAUCUUUACUCAUCAGUACAUGUUCUGUUACCAUGGACACCUAAAUAAUAUAGUGGGGCCGUCAUGAACAGUAUAUCAAAUCAACCUUUUCUCUUUUUUUCAAAUAUUUUGCAGCAUAUUUUUUGAAAGCAUCAUAUAUAUAAUUUGGCAAAUAUUUCCAGGUUGUACACAUCUUAAGCCGCUCAAGUAAUUGUAAGAAAGUAUCGUCGAAGAUAUCCUUUGUUGUGUAAUAAAUUUCGGCAUUUCCAAACGUUCAGAAUAUUAAAUUCUGUAGACGAAGUGAUGUUAUCAUUUGUCACUUUCUGUUAGCAUUUUCAAAGCAGUAUAUACAAAUGUAGUUUAGAACACGUUUCUUAGAGUGUUUGUUUGACCAAAAUGUACAUUUCGUGCAUUAAAAAUAUUCUGACCUUUUUCUUUUGAUAUGUUUUAGCACUGACAGAGCUUUUAAAGAACACGGUUAAUGCAUUUUUAAGAAAAAGUAGCACGUGGUAAA